UUUCGACGUCCGUUUGAAAGCGAUACCAAGACUGGCUAUUCGGAAGUUGAAAGUUCGCGAGAUAGAGUUAGUUCUCGUUUGCGGAAAAUAUUAAGACAAUUCUAGGAUAGCGCGGCUUAAAUAACGCCUGGCAGUGUCUUUCUCGGGUAAUGCUGAGGCCGUUUUGAACUACGUUAGGUUACGUUGGAUUUCGAUUUACGAUUUAUUUUCGAUGUGAAGUUUCGUGAAACGAUGGAAAAUAGCUCAUACUUGGUCCACGCUUUGGACCACAUCGCCGCUCACCCGUCAGCCACCCUAUUCACCGCGUGCCUCCUCCUGCUCUACAUCUACUCCAGGAUCACCUACACCUACUGGAAAUCCAGGGGAGUCCCCCAGCUCGAUCCGUCCUUCCCCUUCGGCGACGUCACCAGCGUCAUCUUCCGACGUAAGAACAUGGGGGAGCGAACCAAGGAGAUGUUUGACUGGGCCAGACUCCGGGGCCACAGAUACAUCGGAGUCUACUCGUUCUUCAGGAAGGGCAUACUACUGGCAGACCCCGUGCUGAUCAGGGAGGUGAUGGGCCGGUUCAACGACAGGGGCAUACACUACGACGAGAAGAACGACCCGAUCAGUGCGCAUCUCUUCUCGCUGGCCGGGCCCAAGUGGAAGAACCUGAGGACGAAACUGACGCCUGCGUACUCGCCCAAGCAGCUGAGGAACCUGUUUAACGUUGUGAUGGACUGCGGGAUGAAAUUGAUAGAGUUCGUGGAAGAAAACGUUGUCGCGGGUCGACCGAUCGAAAUCAAGGAAACCUUCGCCAGAUACAACACAGACGUGAUCGGCUCGACAGCUCUAGGUCUGGAAUGCAACAGCCUCAAAGACCCCAACGCCGAAUUUCGACAGAUCGGCAAGAGGGCCUUCAUGCAGACCUAUGUCGACAUCUUCCGGAUAUCGAUAAUACGAAACAUCCCUCGUGUGGCGGAGUUCUUCGGCCUUGGCAUCUUCACCCCCCAGGUCACAGAAUUCUUCAGGAGGGUGGUCAGGGAGACGGUCGAAUACAGGGAGAAAAACAACGUGCGACGCGAGGACUUCCUCCAGAUUCUGAUCGAGUUGAAGAACAGCGCGACCAGCAACGCCUUGACCAUGGACGAGAUUGCCGCGCAGGUCUUCAUCUUCUUCUUGGCCGGGUUCGAAACCACGUCCACUACGACGUGUUUCGCUGUUUACGAGCUGGCCAUGAACAAGGAGAUCCAGGACAGGGCGAGGUUGGAGAUCAGGAAGGGUUUGGAGAAGCACGGAGGGGUUUUGGACUACGAGAUACUCCAGGAGUUCACAUACCUGGAUAUGAUCGUUCACGAGGCGAUGCGGAAAUACCCCGCAGCCCCCUUCUACCUGAGGAGGUGCCCAGAGAGAUAUCAGUUACCCGACAGUAACGUAGUGAUUGAGGAAGGCUUCAACUUCGUCGUCUCCAGCUUGGGUUUGCACAGGGACCCGGAGUAUUUUCCAGAUCCGGAUCGCUUCGAUCCGGAUAGGUUUUCGGAGGAGAAUAGAUCGAAGAUCUGGGAUUAUACGUAUAUGCCUUUCGGAAGCGGUCCCAGGAUUUGCAUAGGUAUGCGUUUCGCUAUUCUAGAAAUCAAGAUCACCCUUGUCAAUCUGCUGAAUAACUACGUCCUGCGUAUCAAUUCUAACACCAAAUUGCCCGCCAGCUUAGCAAAACAAGGGGUUUUACUGGCACCGGCAAAUCCUAUUUGGGUAGACUUCGAACCAGCCAGAUCAUCAGUCCGUAUAAAUCGAUAUCCAAAUGAUCAAUUUGAAUAAAAAUCACAUGAUGAGAUAAUACUUCAUAACAUCGCUUAACCAAAUAAAAAUGUCAGUUUGGUGAAGGAAUAAAAGUUAAUCGAUUCCAAUCCUUAUUUACAUAUCGUUCGAAUUUUUAUUCAUCUCAUCAUCUUUCAUAGAAAUAUAAUUUGUUUACAC